UCCUGGUUAGAAAAAUGACGAGGCGCAUGCUUGAGGAGCAGAUCACGAAUGACUUCGCGGCCACGUGAUCAGUCUGUUUGGCAUGAUAUGUGAUCCGCAUAUGUGUACAAAGAGAAUUGCUGAGACAGGUUGGAUAUGGGUAUAAGAUAAUAAAGAGCUGUUUGAUUAAAAUGUCAGGCCGUUUAACGAGUAUUUGAGUUGUAUUCAACAGCUAAAACGGAAGUUAUUUAUUUUUAUUCACAGUACGAGCGUCACUAGCUACGUGUCUCUUCGUCGAUCAGCCACAAACAGCAGGAAGACGAGAACUGGCGUCCAAUUAACCUCUGGCAAGUAAAAUGGCAACGUCAGAAAGCGACGACUUCGAAAGCGCUGACGAGGAAUUGGACAACCGUUCGACGCCAGCCAAGCGCGUUUCUUCGCGUAGAUUCCGGGCCGUCGUCGACUCGGAUUCGGACGACGACACGGAGUGCACCUCCUCCAAGAUUCACCCCUCCUACGGAACCCUGGGUACGUCGGAAACUAAGAGAAAACGCGAUUAUUCCGCCUCACCAACCUUCCCCAAAGACAAGCCGAGCUCUAUUCAAGUCGGUGUAAAGAACCCGGAGAGCGAGGGUAAGUCUGACGAUACCGUUGAUCCAAAACCAGCUCUGAACCAACCGCAGGUAGUAUCGCAAGCUGAGAAAGUAGCGCCAUUGACAUCGAGUAUAUCGCAAGACUUGACGGUACCUAGCAAGCAUGAGCCGGACCUUUCUAAUAAAACUAGCAAAUCGGACGGAUCUGUACCAUCGUCAGAAACGAGGGAUGAAUGUCGGGCUACUGCCAGCGGCAAGGAUGAGGUAGAAAAACCGGUAACAGAAACCACAGGCAGACCUAAGAGGGAGAGACAGCAGAGACAGCAAAAGCAACGGGAGCCUAGAUCUCUCGGGGAAAAGAAACUGGGGUCAAAGAUUAUCUCGGAAGGUGUAAAGUCCGGAAAAGUUGAAGAGGCGAUAAAGCCUCCUGUAGAUGAGAAAUGCUGGAAAGAAUUGGACAAUAUUUUGUCGAAACCCCGACCUGAUAUUGAACCGCAGAGAAAGUCCAAGUGGGAUAGCGAUUGGGACAAUCCAACGAAAGCAAAGGGCGUAGACGACUGUUGGAAGGAGAUGGAAGAGAAUAUUGAGAUUCCAGAAGAGUUGAAAUCGAAUAAAAAGUUCAAAGAGGUGUUUAAGUCCGAUGGUUGGGGAGAUAUGGAUGAAGAUAUAGAAAUCCCUGACGAAAUGACCGAGGAAAAGAUUCUCCCUGUAUUAGACAAGCUGUCUUUGGCUGGCGAAGAACAGAACAAAAAUGCUGGUUGGGGAUGGGGUGGAUGGGGUGUCAGUUCAUUGAUAAACACGGCAUCGGCGGGAGUCACUAGCCUAACCAAUCAUGUGACUCAAGGAUUGACAAUGCUGGAAGAAAGUAUCGGCGUUCCAGACCCUGAAGAAUUGGCGAAAACUAAAGAGAGCAAGACCGAAGGCGUUGCCGACGAAAGAAGUCAACUGGAAAAAGAGCCAUGUGAUACGCAAUCUCAAUCAUCGUUUGGUUUUGGUAAUCUGAUGUCCGGUGUUUCUUCUAUAACAAAACUUGUCGAAUCGACAAGUAACAAAGUAAUAGCUGGAGGUUUGGACACACUGGAAACAAUUGGUAAGAAGACAAUGGAAGUAUUACAAGACGGAGAUCCCGGACUGAAGAAGAAACGAGCUUUCUUCACACCAGACAGUGAUAAGCCAAUAUUAUCGCAAAUGCUUAGGGAAGCUAAGGACAAAGCCGAGACAGAAGAGAAAUCUUUGGAAGAAAAACAAUUGGCUAGAAAAGUACACUUUGAAAUUCUUUUCGAUGACUACCAGGGCCUAGUGCAUUUGGAAGCGCUAGAAAUGCUGUCUAAACAAUGUGAUAUUAAGAUUCAGCAGCACAUGAUCAAUUUAAAUGCCGACGAGUUGUGCUCUAUUCAAGAGACCUUAGACGAGGUAAAGGAACUGUGUGAUUUAGGAGACGACGACGGAGAUGAUGCACAAGAGACUGAUCUUCAUGAAAGAUUGAAGGGAGCUUGUAAAGACCUUGGAGUGACUAUGACUUACGAUAAACUUAUUGAGACUUGGCAACAAACAAGGGCCUACCUUUCAACUGUGAUUUCUACAGAGCCACUGCCUGCCGAUAGAGAAGUGUUUCAACAUGCAAUUUCGACUCUUGCACAAUUCACAGCACUUUCUGUAGAACGAUUCCAUAAAACGGCAGAGUUACUUCUUGUCAAGGAAAGGCGUAGCACCGUAAAUGAAGCCGACGCUUUGGUUCAGCUCACGAACAUUUUAGCAGGCGAAGUUGGAGUCAUCGCUAACCUGUUUGCAGACAAAUUGAAUGAGCGUGUUAAACAUUCAGACAAACCAGAUGCCACGAAUGCUAAUAUUACUACGAUUUUCUUAGAGGCAGCAAAUGCAAGCUCAUACAUUCAAGAUGCCUUCAAAUUGUUGAUUCCAGUUCUCCAAGUUGGAGCUACAUAGUCUGACCUAUUUUUGUAUAUGUUAUAUAUAGGUUGGUGGUUUUUGAAGUUGAAAACUCAAGUUGGAGUCAGUUGCUGAUAGAGAAGUUCCCAAGUUUGACGGUGUGUUGAAACUCAAACCUGUUGCUGGAGGUUUGGCAGAUGCACCAACUGAAAUACUACUGGCUGUUUGUAACGACGUUGCAUUACCCCAAGCUGAAACAAUUUCAUUAUUACAUCGCCUCUAGAAAGUAUUGAAAAAUUAAACUUUCAUACACCUUAAGGGUAGUAAUUACUUUUUAAGAUCACCGGAAGAAGGAAAAAAAAAUUUCAGCAUAUUUAUUAAAACCACUAUUACAUUUCUGUAUAAAUUUGUGUUCCAUAAAAGAAAAGCAGACUAGGUAGGGAUCCCAUUACAUUGAUUGAAAAUGAAUACAAACCCCCCCUUUCUUAAAAGGACAUAACAAGACUUUUACGAAGCACGUAACACUAUUACAUCUCUGUAUUGAUUCGUGUUCCGUAAAAGAAAAGCAGCCUAGAUAAAUAUUCCAUUGCAUUGAUUUGAAAAAAAAUACAAAACCCCUUACUU